CCUAAAAAGCUGAAGGAGAUACGCUCUCUGCUUUUACCGGAUUGCAUAUGAAACAUAUCCAAUAUAGCAUGGCGCGGGUUAUAAGCAGAUAACUGUCGGUGUGUGUGUGUGUGUGUGUGUGUGUGUGUGUGUGUGUGGUAACUGCAGUCGUUGUGGAUCUGCUGUAGUACAGGACAGGAUGGCGAGGCGCGUGCGUGAGGAGCGUUGUGUGAUCCGCGCGACAUCACCGCUACACAGCGCGCGCUCUUACACCAUUUAUUUCAUUGUCCUUUUAGAAUGCACUGUCUCCUGCAGAAACACGGAGCACGCUGGCGUGCUGAGCAAUUUGGAGCGUUAUGAGGUGACUUACCCUCAGUGGCUGAACCCCAGAAGCAAAAGAGCAGCUUAUACACACACAAAGCAUCCUUCAGAGGCAGACGUGAAGAUUACUGCAGAGGGAAUGGAGCUGGUUCUCCAACUACAGAGAAAUGAAGAGCUCUUGGCCACCAACUAUCAAGAGAUAUGGUACGGUCCAAAUGGUUCACGCUUUUUCUCUAAGCCCUCCAACAAGGAUCACUGUUAUUAUCAUGGCACAGUGAGAGGAGCGGAGGACUCCAGUGUUGUUCUCAGCACCUGUUCUGGACUCAAGGGCAUGAUUGCCUUGAACCGCAGUGCAACAUACGUGAUCGAGCCUCUGGUCAAUCACAGCGUCUCUCAGGGCCAUGCAGUGUUCCGUGCUGAGAGCCUGAAAAUACCCAUGAGCACCUGCCACCAACAUCAUGGAGGAGAGAACCAGACAGACAAGCUGGCCGAGCUAAUUGGUGGGAUUGCACAGGCCAGUCAUUCCAGCAGGGAAAAGAGAGACGUCAGCCGCAAUAUGAAGUAUGUGGAGCUGAUGAUGGUGGCUGAUCACGCUGAGUUCGUGAAACAUGGCAGUGACCUGGAGAAGACCAAGACAAAGCUACUUGAAGCUGCCAACUAUGUGGACAAGUAUUACAAAGCGCUGAACAUCCGUGUAGCCCUGAUACUGCUGGAGAUUUGGAAUGACAGGGAUAAGAUCAGUGUAACGAGCAACCCUUAUAGCACACUGGAGGCCUUCCUGACCUGGAGGAGGAAACAGUUGCGACAGCUGCCCAAUGACAACGCACAGCUCAUCACGGGUGUGGCGUUCCAGGGGACUACUAUAGGGCUGGCUCCUCUAAAAGCUAUGUGCUCUGAAUACCAGUCAGGAGGAGUUAACUCGGACCACUCUGAAAUUGCAUUUGGGGUCGCUGCCACCAUGGCUCAUGAGAUGGGGCAUAAUUUUGGGAUGAACCAUGACAGUGAGGGCUGCUGCCAGGCCCUGCCUGAGGAUGGAGGAUGCAUCAUGGCUGCAGCUACCGGACACCCAUUCCCUCGUGUGUUUAAUCAGUGUAACCAGGCAGAGCUGAAGCGCUAUCUGAGCUCAGGGGGUGGGAAAUGUCUGUUUAAUCUACCAAACACCCGGGUCAUGUACGGAGGCCAGCGCUGUGGCAACGGCUACCUUGAGGAGGGGGAGGAGUGUGACUGUGGAGAGGUGGAGGAAUGUUCCAGUCCAUGCUGUAAUGCCAAUAACUGCACACUAAAAGCGGGUGCUGAGUGUGCCCAUGGAGUUUGCUGUGAGAACUGCAAGUUGAAGAGUCCAGGUGCGCUUUGCCGCGCUCCCUCGGGUUCCUGUGACCUGCCUGAGUACUGCGAUGGUAAAUCAGAGUCCUGCCCUGCUAAUUUCUACCUGAUGGAUGGCAGCUCCUGUGCACAUGGCCAAGCUUACUGUUACACAGGCAUGUGCUUGACCCUGGAGCAGCAGUGCCUCUCUCUCUGGGGGAAAGAUGGCCGACCCGCUCCGGAUCUGUGCUUCACAGAGGUAAACAGGGCUGGAGAUACCUAUGGAAACUGUGGCAAAAACCUCAUGGGUGAAUACAGGAAGUGCACUGAGCGGGAUGCUAAAUGCGGAAAGAUACAAUGUCAGAGUGCUGCUACCAAGCCCAUUGAAACCAACGCAGUCUCCAUCGACACCACCAUCCGGCAAGACCAGCAUCAGAUCCUGUGUCGAGGUACACAUAUCUACCGGCCUGGCAAGGGAGACGAGGGUCUGGGAGACACGCUCGACCCUGGGCUGGUUAUGACCGGAACCAAGUGUGGGGACAAUGCAAUUUGUUUUGCUGGGGAGUGUCGCAACGCAUCCUUCCUGCAAGCGGAUGAGUGCAAUGCCAAGUGUCAUGGCCGUGGGAUGUGUAACAACAAUCAUAACUGCCACUGUGACACAGGCUGGGCACCGCCUUACUGUGAGGAAGAGGGAAAUGGCGGCAGCAUGGACAGUGGCCCCGUGACUACAAAAAGCAACUUACUUGCUCUCCUGGUGCUCCUCCCUGUGGUUGUCUCCUUGGGAUUGGGAAUUCUGCUCCUCUACUGGUGCUACAAGCGAAAACUCCAUGCUUUGAAAGACGUGGCUCAUGCCCCUCGUCAGAUAUCUAUUAAUGUCCCAGUUUCAACAGACUCCAAAACUUUUGCUAGUGGUCACGCCAACCCAACAUUCCAGCUACAGAAACCUAACAUGGACAAAGCGGACACUAGCCAGCAGCCAACUCCUACUGGUACACCAAGAUCGAGACAUUCCACUGUCAAGCCAGUGGUCAAACCACCGCCGGUCCCAGCAUAUUUGCUACAGCAGAAGAGUCCUCCACUCUCAGAGACCAGCUCAAGCUCUUACCCAUCUCCAUCCGUGGCACCAAAACCUAGACCAAACCCUCCAAGCAGACCUCCUCCACCUCGUCCUGCUACCAAAACCACUCAGAUCAAAAAGGAGAACUCAUUUAGAAAAGGCCACCAAGUAUCACCAGCAUUGUUGCAGAAAGGAAGGGCCAAUCUGAUGCGCUCUGGUGGAAAUCUCAGAACUCAGACUGAAACCAGUGGAAAAAGCUGAGGCUUCAUCAGACUUGUGGAGAGAAUGGGCAUUACUCUUCUAUACAGAGGACUCUUAAAAUGGCAUACUGGAACACCAUGCAAACUUCAGGCAUGUUUACAUCUUCAGCAGUGGCUGUGUAGGCUGUGGUCUACGUCCAACACCAUGUUUGCCUAAUACACUUGAAACCUAAAGUGUAAUUUACUUGUUGCGUUUAACUUUGUUUUGGUACUCUUCCAAUGUUCAUGUGCCAUAUUUCUAGUUUAUUUUAUACCUAUUAUUACAAAGGCUAUACCGAAAAGAAACAAUGGACAGUGUCUAGAUGUUGUCUUUCAGUAUAAGCAUUCAGAAUAUUCAGAAUAUGUCAUGGUUAAAGUGGAUUGCAUGCAGUAUUGAAAACAGUGAAAACACGUUAUGUGAGAAACAAGCAUUUAACUGGAAUAUCGGACAUGAGUUUUGCACUCUGUAUAUGAAAAAAGGAAAGGUAUAGCAAUAAUAAUCAGGAAAUACUGAUUCAGUGUACAGUGUUUUUGCAGUAGCCUGUUUUGUUCUUGUGUUUUUCUCUACUGCAUUUUCUGUCUCUCUUUUAUUUUACUGCUAAAAUUAUCAGGAGAAUCAUUGCAAAAUGCUGGACACUGUAUAUGUACAGUAUGCAAUGCAUCAAAUCAGUUAUGGCUAUCCUGUAACAAUCCAGUGAGACGAGGCUACUUUUUAUUCUCUUUACUUGCUCCACUUGGGAGAACUUGACAAAAUGCACCUUAUGCUGUUUACAGGGCAUCAGGGAAUGUAUAGUAAAGACAUAUUGUACAGUAAAGUUAACAGUUUUAGCAUUUAAAAUGUUUGUUUGCUCUAGUAAGCAAUUGAAGCUGUCUAAAAGAUAUGUGAUCUUAAUGCCACCACAGUCCAUAUAGCUUUUUCACAAAUAUACUAUGUUGCAGAGUUCAUCUAAGUCAACCACCAGAACUUUCUUCUGUGGAAGUGCUAGAUUUGAAGGCAUGUUUCUUCAAUCUGUUCAUCAUAGUAAUAUUAACAUUUGUAAAUGCUCAAAAUUUAGCCCAGUGUAUAAGGUUUAAUUAGCAAAUGUCCCAGCAUUAACAGCUGAAUGGAUUCAGUAAUAACCUUAAAUAGAUUUUGUAUUUUGUAUUUCUGCAUUGAAUUGAAAGAUUGGAAAUAAUCUUUCUUUUUUUGGUAUCUUUUACACUUUAAUGGUAUGAUAAUCGUGCAUUAAAAGAAUGCUGUUGACUGGAAUGAUUGUGUCAACGGCCACGCAUAGUGAUGCUGUAAAAUAGGGACCAUGUAAAAUGAGAAAAAACACUGUGAACCUCAUGAUUAUGACGAUUAGAAUUAAACCUAUAACAGAAUUUAAAUAUAACUGGAAGGGUCAUUUCAAAUGCUGCCUAUGCUAAUGUAGUGCUAUGGACUAUUUACAACCAAUUGUCCUCUGUUCUUUGGUUUACUUGCACCGUGUGAUACACGCACUUUCUUUUAUUAAAGGAACAAGAAAUUAAAGUGCUAUUGUAAAUUAGUCCUGGAACUGGAUUGAGCUAAUGCCAUGGAUCACAGAUUGACUUUGAGUUGCAAAAGCAGAUCAAAUAAAAAUUGAUUAAUUGAAAUGAAUUUUGUCAUUAUUAUUUU